AAAGGAUCCUCUCUCCCCCUCUCUCUUUCUUCAAGUCUUCAAGUCAAGCCAGCUCUUCCAGGCAAUCUUGGCACAUUAUGUAAAGACAACACUCACCACCCCAAUCCAAGAAAUUUUCAGUUGAUAUAAAAUCAACUUCCAUGGUGGUACCCCAUGCUUCUUCUGCUCUUCAAAAUACCAUAACCCCACUUAAUUUUCACCAUUGUCUUAUUAUACUCUCAUUGUGUGGUCUCUCUCCAAUCAGGUUAUUGUGGCAGCUUCUAUUUCCAAUCACUUCCAUGCAACUUUGUUUCAUAUUUUUUUGUACUCUAAUCAAAACCUACACACACACACACACACACACACACACACACACACACUAGCUAGUGUUAUUACUACAAUAUUUACUUGCUGUUAAUUUGAUGGAGUCAUCAUGUUUUUGUUUUGUUUUGUUUUUCUUUUCUUUUCUUUUCGGGUGGACCAAGUUAAUGAAAUUUGACUAGCUAGCUAGGGCAGCUUGUCCUUGCAUGAGGGUUGUCGAUUAAAGGCAUUCACAUCUAUAUAGCAAUGGAUAAAGACGAGAACUACUCGGCAAGUUUUGCUGGGCUAGAUUACCCUCUAGACCAUCAUCUUCAUCAACAACAACAUCACCACGAACUCACGAAGCCGCGGAUAGGUGAAACUUCUGGUGAUGAUGACAGCAACAAUGGGAUGAUUUAUUAUAUGCUCAAUAAUCCUCAUCAACAUCAACCACAAGUGUCAUCUGGGUUUUGUUCUUCUACUUCUUUCGAUAAAUUGAGCUUAGCUGAUGUGAUGCAAUUUGCAGACUUUGGGCCUAAGUUGGCCUUAAAUCAAACCAAGAUAUCUGAGGAAGAAAUUGGGAUCGAUCCAGUUUACUUCCUAAAGUUUCCGGUUUUGAACGACAAGAUUGAGGAACAAUCUCUAAUGGUCCCUCAACUAGGUGGAGAAAGUGAUGAGAGGUUUACAGGAGUGAGUAGUGAUGAAAAUAGGGAAGGAAUGGCGGGGGAAGAGGGGGGUGUUAGGGAAGAUGAAGAAGCUAGGCUUUCGGAUAAUAACUCGGUGCAACUUCAGUUGCUUGGAGAUCAAGAUCUUCAAAACAAGAACUCUAAACCAGAAUCGAAGAACAAGCGAAAAAGACCAAGAACUAUCAAGACAAGUGAGGAAGUGGAGAGCCAAAGAAUGACUCAUAUUGCAGUUGAAAGAAAUCGAAGAAAGCAAAUGAAUGAACAUCUUCGAGUCUUGAGGUCUUUCAUGCCAGGAUCUUAUGUACAAAGGGGAGAUCAAGCUUCAAUAAUUGGUGGAGCGAUAGAGUUCGUUAGAGAAUUGGAGCAACUACUUCAAUGCCUAGAAUCCCAGAAGCGGCGAAGACUAAUGGAGGAUUCCGCUGUUGCAAUCCAACAACCUCAUCCUCCAUUCUUUCCUCCUAUGCCUCUACCAAAUGAUCAAAUGAAGACUCUGGAUCUCGAGACUGAACUCCGUGAAGAAACCUCUGAGAACAAGUCUGGCUUGGCUGAUGUUGAAGUGAAGCUUGUAGGGUUUGAUGCAAUGAUCAAGAUUCUCUCUAGGAGAAGGCCAGGUCAGCUGAUUAAGACCAUUGCAGCGCUGGAAGAUUUGCAGCUUAACAUACACGACACCAACAUUACCACCAUUGAACAAACUGUUCUCUAUUCAUUUAAUGUCAAGAUUGAAAGUGAAUCUAGGUUCACAGCAGAAGACAUAGCAAGCUCAGUUCAACAUGCAUUCACUUUCAUCCAUGCAAACAGCAGCAUGUGAUGCAAAUCUAAGAUGGACAGAAAAGAUGAGCUGUUAUGUAUUUCGUUACACCUACUUGUGGAUUAUCUUUUUUUAGCUACUUUCUUUUUUCCUUUUCCAUUGGAUUUCCUAUUUUUAUUCUAGAAAAAACCACUGGUUGCUGAUCUAGCAACUAAGUAUUGAAUAGGUUCGGUUGGUGAUCAUUCUAAUGAGCCGAUGCGUAUGCAGUCCAUCUUUCUCUUCUGA